AUGUCAGGCGUAAUCAACGACAUCAAGAGCGCGCCCGAGACCUUCACAUCAUGGGACAAGUGCAUGUCCAAGGCCUACUGCAAAUGGCCGGUGAUCGCAGGCAUAGUCAUUGGAUCAUUGAUUAUCCUCAGCGUGCUCUUCUGCCUCGUGCAGUGCCUAUGCUGUGGAUACUCGUGCGCGAAGAUGCUUUGUUGUUGCUGCAACGGCUGUGAUUGCGGAGGGAAGGAUAGACGGAGGAACAAGGACGACAGAUCAUCGAAGUACCAGGACAGCAGCUACCACCAACUUCAUCAGCCAAACCCAUAUUCAGGCUAUCAGCCGCCCGCCGCUAUGGCUCCCGCCUAUGGAGCCCCUCAGACCGCGAGAUUCGAAUCAGACACGAAAGGAGGUGAUGCUCUUCCUGCAAUGCCCAGCUGGGACAACGCGGUUUCACACCGAGUCGAAGUCCACGACCCACAGCCCAAGCAUGAAGAUGUCGAGAUGGGUCGUCUCAACCCUCACAGCGGCCGCGGUGGCUAUGACCAGGUUCCUUUGUCGCCCACGUCUCCAACACACGCCAUCCCAGGCUACUUCCCACCUGGAGCCGUUGCAGGCGGAGCAGCAGCAGGAACAGGAUAUGGCUCCUCUUCAGACCUAGGCAAUCAGCGCCUCAACCAGCAACACACCGGCUACAGAGGCGUCGACUACGAUCAGCCUCAAGUACCCACAUCACCCGCACCGACAUAUCAAACACACGCACAUCAGCCGUCCGGCGACCGCUUCAUAGCCGGCGCUGCAUCUCCAUCGCCAUACGGCUAUCAAUCGCAACAACAGCCGCAACACGGGAGCAACACUCCAUAUAAUCACGAUUCACCAUAUCACGACGACUACAAUAACCGGUCCUUCUCUCCGCCAGCUCCAACGCCGCGGUCAAACACAUUUUCGCCGCCUCCAGCAGGUACGAUGCCUACGAGCAACAGCUAUAAUUCUUUCAACAGCACACCAUCACAGUAUGCCACACCAUACGAGGCGCCGCAGCAGCAGUCAUACGGUGGAUAUGGCAAUGCGGUGACAUCGCCAACGUAUCACGAGGCGGAGGCUUCAGGGGCAAGGCCGCCUUCGUUACUGCAGGUCGGGAGAAAGGCUGUGCCGGGUUCCACAAGGGAAGUGUAA